AUGGAGUCGCCCCCGGGCAUUGCGGCCCUCUUCGUCAUCACCUUCGACAUUCGGACCGGAUAUGUGGUGUCGUGGAAACGAACUGCACCGGGAGUCGACAUCGAAGGGGUGGUGGAAUACAAGUCGCUCCCUUCGGGGUUGCACAACGUCACAGAGGACCUGGUCUACUUCGUUCACGAUCAGUAUGCCGGUAUCAGCGCAUUCCUUAACCGUCCCGCCGCCGAGGUGGAGCGCAAUGCUAGGAUGUUCGCCAUUGGAGUUUUGGUCCCCCUCAGUUCUGGGAGACUCGGAAAGAGCUGGAGGCAUGCUCCCAAGCUGAAGGAUCUGGCGACGAGAUACGCCGCGGACAUGUCCGACCUGCAGCCAUUAUCGGACUACUGGGAUACCUUUCGACUGGGAAGUACAGAGGCUGCGCCCGUGGAUUCGCCGGUUGAGUCGCCAUUAAGCCUUCGAUUCCGACCGGAAGAUCGACCCGAUAUUCGCAAUCGCGCCUUUAGUGAUGCCAUGGUGUUGGAGACGUUCAGGCCGGCCUUGACGCCUUUCCACCCUGCUUCAUCUCUUCCAGACUUCCUUGAUUGCUUUGGACCAUUGAUCUUCCCAUUGUACAGGGCAGCACUCUUGCGGAAACGCAUUCUUUUCAUGAAUGAAGCGCCAGUGCACACUCCGUGCAAUUAUGUGUAUGAUCUAUCGCUGCUGGCAUCUCUGCCAAACUCUCUUCUGCAGAUACUUCCGACUGACCGCAUCCCACCACUGCGACCCCGCCCCUUGUUCAACGUUGGAAUUCAUGAUAUCCCUUUCCUCUCCUCCUUUGACCCAUCUCGGGCAACCCUGGACCCUGAGACGGACCCCAGCUGGAUCGCUUGCUCGACUGAUACGGUUCUCACCAUGAGACCGGAGCUCUACGAUGCUCUCGUCACACUCCCCCCGCUCCACUCUCGGCAAGCCGCUGAGCGGGUCUUCCCCACAAUCAGCUUGAUGGACCCCUCCAUCACCAAGCAGAAUUCGAAUCAGACAGUCCAACUCAAGGCCACUCAACGCGAUGCUCGGAGAUAUGCCAUGCUUCGCAGAGGCCUCCGCCAGUUCUCCCAGGAUCGAUCGGUCUCACAGGACAGCUCGGACGCCGAGUCAACCUACUCUUCAAGCAGAAUUGUAGAACCUCUGUCCUGGACCCGACUCGCAUAUACCUCUUUCAUCUGGUGGGCAUCUGCGGGCGAAAACCGCGACGGCCUAUCCGAAGAAGAGGAGGAACAACAAAUCGAACAAGACGCCCGACUUCUGGCAAGCGUGGAGAGUCUUGCAUACCCGGGCGCGGGUUCUACUCGCCGCCGCUCUAACCAUUCUGAAGAUCCCGGCCAGGAGCCCCCGGAAGUCGCGCUGGUAGCUUACUUCCGUCGUCUCACGACCCAGAUCUUCUACACUCUCUCUGGUGCCAUUGCUCGCCAUGACCAUGAUGGCGAGACUGAUGCUUACGCUGAUACGCCUUACCUCGAUGACACCGCCGACGAUGAGGCAGACAUCUCUCUCUCUCACUCGAGACAGUCUAUUCCUAGUGAUGAUGGUGAAACACCUCUUCUACGACAAAGAUCACAUGCGAAUUCCUCUGGUCGUCAUGACUCUGGCUCAAUGCAUAGUACACAAGAUGCAGAAGACCCGAUUGCAAUCACUGUUGCUGAUAUGGGGGAGAUGGGUCUCGAUGUUUGGAGCGCCGCUGACAGAGUUUUCGUAGAGGAGCUUGUUUCACUCUGGUGGGGGCGCUCGGCUUAUGUCGACAGCGCUCGUAUUAGAUGUUGUGGUAUCUCGAUCUUGUAA